CCGGCUGUACUAACCUGACGACAAGUGUGUUUUUGUCGAUUAAUAAUAUGUAAUUAUUCGUUCGACAACCCGGGACGACUCCAGGGUUUUAUUCGGCUUUUAAAACUGUUCGAUUUCGAGAUGGUUUCUACGCUCUUCAGACUUGCUGUUUGCUUCCUUAUCCUUCGUCCAGGCGCGGGCAACUUCAACCUGUUCCUGAGCCAGGCGGAGGUUCGAAAACUUAUGGGGCUUCAGGCCGAGCUUUACUACGUUCGCAGCGGUGUAAUCAACGAGUAUGCAAUGACGUUCGUAGUCCCGGUACCAGCGCAGGUUCACAAGCUGCACUUUACAUGGGAAAGUCUAGCAGGUAGACCGCUACCCUAUACAAUGUCGGUGAACAUCAGCAACCCGUCGGCGCUAACCAGUUCCUUGAACAUCUCUCAAGUUGGUGAAAUUCCGAUAGGCGGAGUGCAGACUUGGGCCUUGUCUUUAAACUGUGGGCCAUACGACGCAGAGAUUGAUCUUGCGCUUCGCAUCGACGUUUCACGGUCUCGUUAUAACACAACGAGCGUAGUUCUUCGCCGGAAGAAAAUAUGCCUAAAGGAUAACGGGUAUCCUGGACCGGAAGAAGUCCUAGUCGCUGCCCCCGGUUCCAGUUCCAGUGGCCAGAUAUUUUACGCCUCCAUAGGCUGCGCCUGCGCCUUCAUUGCGGCCAUAUGUGUUCUCGUCAUCGCGUACUAUGUGAGGGACAAGAAGACCCGAAGACACAGAGAUCCUCUGCAAGAGUCACGGGGCCUCAGCUCUGCCUGCAGCGUGGAAAGGGGCGCGGGUGUUGGUCCAGCACAGACCUUCCUACCUCCGGAAACUCCCCCGCCUUUGUCGGCUGCUUCCACUUCCAGUUACAGGAGAUUGGACGACAGACCCAGUCGAGAAUUGCACGAAAGAAUCCAGGAGAUAACCGUUCAAAGGUGCAGAGUUCGCCUACUGAGCAUUGAACUUGAGGGCACUUUUGGGCGAGUAUACAGGGGCAGCUAUCACGAGGAAGGUGCUCAGGCGCCGAGGGACGUUCUCGUCAAAACUGCCGCCGAACACGCCUCUCAAUCACAGGUCGCUCUGUUGCUUCGCGAGGGCUUAGCUUUGUACGGACUCAGUCAUUCGGCCCUGCUCCCAGUCUUGGGUGUCUCCAUUGAAGACAGAGGUGCGCCGUUUCUGUUGUAUCCACACACCGGGUACAGAAACAUGAAGAGGUUUUUGGUCAGAUGCAAAUUAAGCAGUGAAGGCCCUCCCCGAGCUCUUACUACUCAGGGUGUCGUUGAAAUGGCUCUACAGGCUGCUAAAGGCGCCCAGUACCUCCACAAAAAACGCCUCGUGCACAGAGACUUGGCCGCGAGAAACUGCGUAGUGGACGACGACUUGAGAGUCCAGAUAACGGACAACGCUUUGGCUAGAGAUUUGUUUCCUCAAGAUUACCAUUGCCUGGGUGACAAUGAAAACCGACCGAUCAAAUGGUUAGCCAUAGAGAGUCUGACAAACAAGACAUUCACGACUGCUUCAGACGUGUGGGCCUUUGGCGUUCUUCUAUGGGAAUUGACCACCCUGGCACAGCAGCCGUACGUCGAAGUCGAUCCCUUCGAAAUGGCGGCGUACCUGAGGGACGGUUACAGAUUGGCGCAGCCGAUAAAUUGUCCGGAUGAACUUUUCGCCGUGAUGGCAUACUGCUGGGCGAUGUCGGCUGACGAGAGGCCGACUUUUAGCCAGCUAAUUGUAUGCCUGCAAGAUUUCCACACGCAGCUAACUAGAUACGUCUGAGUUGACAAUAAAAGGGGAAAUAGGAGGGUUGAAAAACUCUGAAGAAAAAGAAGGAGAAGAAGAAGACGAAAACAAUAAUCAACAACAAAUGUACAAAUUUAGUUUGAUUCCGAGAAAUCUCAACACAUAUUGCUAUAUGUUCUAUAUAUCUGUAAAUAUAUUUUUUUCGACUAGUGUCUGUUGUAAUUUUAUAACGAAUGACUAAUUGUGGAGUCUCUUUUAUGAGGCGAAGAAGUCCAGAUCUGAUUAUCAGCUUGCGGGGCGUCAAUUGACCCUGAAACUCAGGGUUAAAUCGAAGAAUGUCUAGGUUAUCGAGAGAACGUCUAAAAAUGUCUCCGAAAAA